AUGAAUACUGUAGACCAGUACGAGUCUGGCAUGGAUACCUCUACCAUAGUACCGCAUGAGCCCUCCUCAUCUGUUGCGAACGAGUCGAUGCCUGAACAUCAUGAAUCUGAGAGCCUCGUGGCCCGUUCGCCACAGCUGACGGCGGCUCAUGCUAAUCUUGGUGCCGGUGCCGCGAUCGUGACCGAACACGUUGUGUUCCCCACGAAUGCUUCUCCCGCUACACAACCGUCACCAGUUGUUGUCAACUACCACGACCAACCUGGCGUUGCCGUUCCCCUUUCGUCUGCUGAAAGGUACAACAUCGACGUCGCCCCAGAAAGGCAGGCGAGGUGGAAUACACACUGCAGACAGCACAAAUGGAAGGUCGGAAGAAAGGCGGGUGACCCCGCUCAACAUCACUUCUCUCGCGGGACCGAGGUUCUCCCCGAAGAGGCGGUCAAGAAGUGGGUGAAGCCCAUGUUGACAGCGCUGGAACUAGCCACGCUCCCUUGCAAGCUUGAGAAUGAUAGCUGCGGGGAGCAGUCAAGGAACUACGCGAUCAAGAGGCUCCUCGCCUUCAUCCGCGAGCGGUCCGACGCGCUCGGUAUCGACGUCGUCGGAUCUGCGAGACUCCAGCGUCAGCCUUUGCAGGGGCCACUCAGACUCCGCCACUACAGUCCGCCGUUGAGGACCUUUCGCACUUCUAAAGACCCUACGAGCGGCAUCAUAUUGAACAACGAAGUGCUGCCGGCCACGAUUACCACGGUUUCGCUAGAUGAAGCGACGUGGAUGUACUCGAUGCCGCGAACCCAACUGCAGGCCUUGCACGCCUGGUACCCAGACUUGGAUCUCAUAACCGUCGCUAUUCUCGCACUCGAGUACCAUGGCGGUUUCCAUAAUCAUAACAACAAGAUUGUACAACGUCGUCUCCGAACGAUAGAGAAGAUCCUACAUUCCGGCAUUGACGAGGAGGGUGUUCAUUACCUCGGAAUAGCGUCCAGGCAGUUCUGCGAACGUGUCUUUGGUGCCUUCCUUGAUGGGCGGGUACAGCCGGACAAAAACUGGGUCAAUAACAGCCACCGCCACCUGUACGUGAAGCAGUAUCUGCCCGUCGGUUGUGUGGUUGUGCGGGACAAUGCGAACAAUCUGGUCAUCGAGCGCUGGUUCCAUGGCUCACCUCGUUACCCACUCGAUGCAGUGCGAGAUCUCAGCCCAUUUACUCUGUGA